AAGUCAUAAUUCCAUUUGUGACUAGCUCUUCUCCUGAAUGUGGCUCAGCGCCGAGGUAUCUUGCUCGAUUAUGUUUGCCAAGAACUUGUAGCCAAGACCGAAUUUCUUAGUUGAUCCUAUCGGGCUGUUUCCGGCACAACUAAUGACCUGCUCCUGGCGACGUGACAAGACGAACAGUAUUCUCAGAAUACUUCGGAAUUCCAUCCAACAUCUUUAGUAAAAGUAUGGAUCUACAAGACCCCAGGUAAUGAGCGUGGGCACCUUAUUCCUUUUACCGGAAGUAUCAACAUGCUGGCCAUAAGGGGAACCUGGGUAUUUGUUUCUAUAGCAGGCGUAGGUGCCUUCCAUUGGCGACUCGGACAGAUAAUCAUACAUGCCGUGGCUAUGCUCGUCGUCCUUGAUGCCAUCAAGCACGACGGCCAGGUUUCUGUCGUUCCCUUUUCAAUAUUGAAUGUGAUGGAUAGUAUAGGCAGACUACUCUUGCUGCCCCUUGUCGAGAUGAAUCAGCUCGUAAAGAGAGGCAGAUGGGUGAGGUCAUGAUGAUGAGUCCGGAGACGCGCUCGGGGUGGAGAAGUGCCAACAGUUGGAUAGCUGCGCCGCCGGAGUCAUGGCCGCCGACGAUUGCCUUGGUAGUGUUGAAAUAGUCAAAGAUAGCCAAAAUGUUUACAACCACGGUUGACAGAUGGUAGGUAGUUUGCUCGACGGUGGUGAUGUUGUUGGAUGGGUAGCCGCGGAAGGUAGGGCAUACGAUUGUGUGUGUCUUUGAGAAUUCGGCCACCUAAUGAGUCCAAGUCCUCGAGUUGUCGGGAAAGCCGUGAAGAAGGACCAUCAAGGGUCC